UUAUGAGUGGUUCGCCGAACUCGGUCUGCGCUGGUACGCUCUGCCCGCAGUCUCGUCGAUGAUGUUCGAUGUGGGUGGCAUUCAGUUCACCGCAACCGCAUUCAGCGGUUGGUAUAUGUCCACCGAAAUUGGUUGCCGCAAUUUAUGUGAUACAAAUCGACGAAAUGUGUUGCAGACCGUUGCAAAUAAAAUGAAAUUAGACACACGCACCACGUCAUCCCUGUGGAAGGACAGAGCUUUGGUAGAGGUGAAUUUAGCUGUGUUGCACUCUUUCCAAAGCCGAAAUAUAACCAUUUUGGAUCACCAUACGGCCAGUGAAAAUUUCAUGAAACAUUUUGAAAACGAAUCGAAAACGCGCAAUGGCUGUCCGGCUGAUUGGAUUUGGAUUGUUCCGCCACUUUCCGGUUCAGUGACGCCUGUCUACCAUCAAGAAUUCGCACUGUACUAUCUGAGGCCAUCAUUCGAUUAUCAGCAUCCCGCCUGGAAGGUGCACGUAUGGGAGAAGGAACGUGGUGAAAUCAAACCAAGACGUAAAUUCAACUUUAAGCAGAUUGCAAGGUAAAACAAAAAAAAAUAAACAAAU